AUGGAUGAGCUCUUGCCAACCUCAGAGGAAGUAGACACCUGCUAUGGUGGUGAAAUUCCAAACAAGGACCCGGAAACUCAGGAAGGUCACCGGGAGACUGAGGCACAGGAUCUGCCUUCAUCCUCCUUCACCAUGCUGUCCUGUGUCAUAGUUUCUGCAGCAGCUGCUGCUGCCCCUGCUCUGAAGAAGAAUGCAGGCCUGCUCGGACCCGGGCGCCACCACCCGGCCCCAAUCUUGUAUUUCUUAUCCAAAGAAAUAUAUGUGAUUACUCCAGAAACUUUCUCUGCAUAAACAAUAGGGUUACUUGUCUAUCUGGUUAAAAAAUAUGGAGCUUCUGUUGGAGAAUUUGCUGAUAAACUCAAUGAGCAAAAAAUUGCCCAGCUGGAAGAAGUGAAACAGGCUUCCAUCAAGCAAAUCAAUGAUGCGAUUGAAAUGGAGAAGGCACAGCAGGCACUGGUUCAAAAGCGACAUUACCUUUUCGAUGUCCAGAGGAAUAGCAUUGCUAUGGCCUUGGAAGUUACUUAUCGGGAACGGCUGCAUAGAGUACACAAGGAGGUAAAGAAUCCCCUGGACUAUCUAAUCUCUGUUCAGAAUAUGAUGAGUCGCAAAGAGCAAGAGCACAUGAUAAACUGGGUUGAGAAGCACGUGGUGCAGAGCAUUUCUGCACAACAGGAAAAGGAGACAAUUGCCAAGUGCAUUUCUGAUCUAAAGCUGUUGGCAAAGAAGGCUCAAGCACAGCCAGUCAUGUAAGAUGUCUACCCACUGAGACUACUUAGAGACAGUUGACAGUAAAGAGAAAUUACUCUGUGUGACAGAAACUUUGUUUUGUUGUCCUUUUUACUUUUCCUAAAAUAAAGUUUAAGUUCAGUUUUAGUGAAAGAAUGAAUCAGAGCAAUCUAUUGGCCAGUGAUAGAGUUGUUUUUCAUCCUACUUCCUCUGUAUUUUGAACUGUUCCAUGAUCUCUUUUAAAUAUGUAUUUGCUUUAGGAAAAUUUGGUGCCUAACUUAUAAUGGCCAAAUUAUACUUUUAGCGUGUAAU